CCAGCCACACCACAAAAUAAUAUAGAUUUUAUUUUUCCCUUUUGGUGAAAGAAAUUUUUUGGGGGUUUCGGGGCUGCUUAGCUCUGGUUGUUUUAGGUUUUAUUGUCAGUCUAAAACAUUUAGAAGGUAUGCUUAAGACCCUAAAUGUGAUUUAUGGAUUGCAAGGUAAAUUCUGUGAGCUGAAAGAGUGGUGACAUGCUUAAACUAUGCUUUGCUUUAUAAACGUGAUGAUGUGAUACUAUGAACAACUAGAAAAAUGUCUAGUCUAUAUAACACAUCUGUUUUAGAGCUAAAUGGCUACAACAUUUCUGAUGAAGGCAUCUUCCCUGCUUUCCUUUUUGCUGCCCUAAAUUAUAUGAUAAUCCUUUUCUGCAACCUGACUUUAAUUCUUACCAUUGUGAUGAACAAAUCUCUGCAUCAACCAAUGCACCUGUUCCUGCUGAACCUUCCUAUUAAUGACCUGAUAGGUUCUUCAGCACUCUUUCCACAACUCCUUAAGGAGAUACUGACAAACAGCAGAAGGAUGCAGCUUUCCGCUUGUAUUGCACAAGCAUUUUUCAUCCAUAUCUACGCAGCAGGUACAGUGUUUAUUCUUAGUGCAAUGGCCUAUGACAGAUACAUCGCCAUUUGUUACCCUUUGCGUUACAACACUGUUAUGACGAAUGCUCACAUAAUGAAAAUAAUCACAUUAGUUUGGUCUUCCUGUGUGGUUUUAAUAGCUGUGCUCUUUAUUCUUCUUUUACGCUUGACUCGCUGUAGAUCUGAAAUUACACACUCCUACUGUGAUAACCCAAGUUUGUUGACUUUGGUGUGUGAAGAUACAACCAUUAAUAACAUUUAUGGUCUUUUUAUAAGUGCUCUCUCACAAAUAAUAGCUAAUGGAACCGUGUUGUAUACAUAUCUUAGGAUCCUCAUUGCAUGUUUUAGGUCGAAACAGUCGGACACUAAAGCAAAAGCUCUGCAGACAUGUGCCACACAUUUAUUAGUUUUUCUCUUACUGGAGUGUUUGGGUCUUUUUACCAUCAUAUCAUACAGAAUAAAGAAUGUUCCGCCACACAUAAGAAGAUUUCUAGGAGUGUCAACAUUAGUUUUCCCCCCAACAUUAAACCCAAUCAUUUAUGGACUUAAGACAAAAGAAAUUCGGGAAAAGUUCCUCAAGUUACUAAAUGAGGACUAA